UUUUUUCGUUUGCGAUACUUUUUGCACGAAAUUGUUUUGGUUAAAUCUUCGUCGAGGAAGCUUUUUGAAUUUGAUUAUCACCUUGAAUCUGUAGUAGCUUCUUCUACAGAUUUUAGGAGAGUUGAUUUUGUUUGCGAUCGGAGAUUUUUGGAGGCUAUGGAUUGGGGAAACGUAACGGUUGAGGAUCUCGUCGAUGCUCUCCGAGAAGUUGACUGGUCUUCUCCGCCGCGUCCGCCGUCUGAGUUCUUCUCUAGGUUCACCGUUCCUAAAUCCUUCGCUAAGUGGGAUAGUCGCCUCAAGUGCAAUCUCUACUACUACCGAACAAACUACUUCAUCAUGAUCGUCGUUAUACUUGGAUUGGGAUUUCUUACAAGGCCUCUCGCCAUCUUCUCUGCGGUUUUGACGGCAUUAAGUGUUGCCUUUCUUAAUGACAGCUUUGCAGGUUCUUUUAGUGAGAAGGCAACUCGAACCACCAGACAAUUCUCCCCUCAAUUAGCUGCUAAAAUGAGACCUCCUUUGACGCCUGGCGUUCGUGGACGUCCAUCAGCAAAGAGAGCAAUCCAUGUAUGUGGUCAACCCCGUUGGGUCUUUGUCUUGACAUGCUCCCUUGUGAGUUUUGCCCUUUGGUAUAUUUCAUGUGGUUUGUUCACAGUCUCGUUGGCGCUACUCAUUGGACUUCUUGCUACAGUUCUUCAUGCUAGCUUGAGAACACCGAAUUUGAAGGCACGCCUUAAUACAUUUAGGGAAGAAUUCCGAGCAGUAUGGCGUAAUUAUAGCGAGAUUUAGAGUAAUGUUGUACUAUCGUGAUCGUGUUCUGCUGAGGACAUAACGCAGGAAAUACCAAACUUACAGCAUUUCUUUAAAAUAGAGCCGGUUUUUGUUAUCGAUGUUCGCUGGGUUUUCAGUCUGGAUUUGUUGCUCAAUGACUGAGAGAUCAUCUGUUUUCUUUGAUUUGGGUUUUGCCUUUUUGAUAGCAUAGUCCUGUUUUUUUCUUAUUUUUAAGUUGUAAAGCCAGCUUUCUUGCUGUUCUUCUUUCUCCUACAAACCCUUUGUGUACAAGUACUAGAAUCGUCUAAAAGCUUUGCAUUUUCUCUUUUU